AUGAAUAGUGAUAUCGAUAUUCAUAAUAAUCUCAAUAUUAAUCAUAAUUUUUUCAAUUUGAAUAUCAAAAAAAUCAUUGGUACAUCAGCUAAAACUUCUCAUCAAUUUUUUAUUCAAGAUGAUUUAAUAGCUUAUACUGCUAGUGGAGGAGUUGUUGUUUGUACUAUUGAUAUUGAAACUAAUGAAGUAAUAACUCAACGAUUCUUUUGUGCCAAUAUUAGUUAUACCAAUAACUACAACCAUAAUGGUAUGAAAAAAAGAGGAGGAGGAGGAAAUGGUGGGGGGACUUCUUCAGCUAAUGCAUAUUUAAAUAUGAUCAAGAAUUAUGAUUAUUCUGAAAAAGAAUUGAAACGAGAUUUAUAUGGAUAUCCUAUAAAUUCAGAACCAAUAGAAAUAUUUGGUACUUCAAUUGAUAAUUUUGAUGAUAAUUAUAAUAAUAGUACUAAUAAUGAUAUAAAUAUUGGUGGUGGUGGUGGCAGUGGUACUACUGGUAAUACAUCACCAUCUAAAUUAAAAGAUAAAGUAAGAUCAAUUAAUUGUAUUACUAUAUCACCUGAUAAAAAAUUAUUAGCCAUUGGAGAAAUUGGUUAUCAACCAAGAAUAUUAAUAUUUUCAUUAGCAGAAAAUUCUAAUAAUAAUCCAAUUUGGUCAAUUUAUGAACAUUCAUUUGGUAUAAAUUCAUUAGUUUUUUCUCCUAAUCUGAAAAUUUUAUGUUCUUUAGGUUUAAUUAAUGAUGGAUUUAUAAAUCUUUGGAAAAUUGGAAUUGGUUCAACCAAUACUAAUAAUAUUAAUUUAAUUGCCAGUAAUCGUUGUUCAAAUAUUAUUCAUAAAUUAAUUUGGCAUGAAAAUUUAAUAAUUACUUUAGGUUUAAGAUUUAUUAAAUUAUGGCAAUUUGAUGAUGAAGAAUUAAAUAAUUUUAAAAAACCAUUAAUUUUAAAAGGGAAAAAUGCAAUUUUAGGUAAUUUAAUAAAUGAAAAUUUUAUUGAUGGAAAUAUUUUAAAUAAUGAUGAAUUAUUAAUAAUUACUGAUACAAAUCAAUUAUUAUUAUUACUUAAAUUAAAUUUUGAAAAUCCGAAAAUUAUUAUAUUAAAAUCUCCUGAUUAUGAAUUUAAUUCAAUUGUAGUAGAUUAUCAUCAUGAAAAAAUUUGGUUUAGUACUGGCAAUGAAUAUAUUAUUAAAUCUUUAUCGUUUAAUGAAUUAAUCCCCAUCAAUAGUAAUAAUAAUAAUAACAACAACAACAAUAGUAUAACUAUCCCAUUGAAUUUGAAAAAACUGAUUACAACAACAUUUACUGCUAAAGAUGAUACUACUAUUAUUUCAAGACCAAUUAUUCAAAUUUAUGAUUUUUCGAAAACUCAUCUUGUAUUUUUAACUAAUCAAGAAGAAAUCAAAUUUAUCAACAAAAAUAAUGAUGAUAGUAAUAGUAGUACUAAUAGUAGUACUAAUAAUAAAGUUUUGACAAGUUCUUUAUUGAAAAAUUUUGCUGGAAUAAAAUAUACUUAUCUGAAAGAAUUUUUAGCAUUUUCUCAUAAUGGAAUGAUUAAAAAAUUUAUUGAUUCAAGUGAAUUACAAGAUAUAAUUAAAUUUAAUGUCAUUGAUAUGGAUAUUAUUCCAGUUUCUAAUAAUGUAACUGCCAUUGAAAAAAAUGACAAAAACUCAUUAUUUAUUGGUGAUAAAUAUGGUACAUUAACAAUUUUAGAAUUAUUGGAGAGUAAUAAUAACAAUAAUAAUAAUAAUAAUAAUAAUAAUAAUAAUAAUAAUAAUAAUAAUAAUAAUAAUAAUAAUAAUAAUAAUAAUAAUAAUAACGUCUAUGAUUAUGAUUAUAAAAUAUUAUAUCAAGUGAAAGCUCAUUCUUCAACAAUUAAUGAAAUUAUAUAUUUCACUUUUGCAAACUAUCAAAUAGUUUGUAGUAUAUCUCGAGAUAGAAUGAUUCAAAUUUUUACUAGUCCUAUUAAUAAAACCAAUUGGGAUUUAUUACAAACAUUACCGAUUCAUAAUGGGAAUUUAUUACAAAUUAUCCAUUUUCAAGAUAAAAUUUAUGUUUGUUCUCUGGAUAGAACCAUAUCUAUUCAUAAUUUGGUAAUUAAUAAACAAGCAGAAGAAGAAGAAAAUAAUUUACGAUUAUAUCAAGAAAAAAUAAUCACUUUAAAAUCAACUCCAUUAUGUAUGAAAAUAUUUGAUAAUGAUUUAGUGGUAUCAACUAAUGAUAAAUCGAUUUUAAUAUUUGAUAUUGGUAAUAAUUUUGAAUUAAAAAGAACAUUAAAAUUAAUUAAUGAUAAAAUUAAUGAAACUAUUUUAGUGGAAUCAUUUAUUAAAUAUCGUAAUUUAAUAAUUGUUUGGUCAAAUGAUAAAUCAUUAAGAGCUUUCAAUUAUCAUAAUGGUAAAGAAGUUGGAGUGGCAUGGGGACAUCUGGAAUCAGUAUUGGAAUUAUAUUUAUUUAAUGAUCAUGAAAUAAUUUCUAUUGGUAAUGAUGCAUGUUUAUUUUGUUGGGAAGUAAUUG